CAUAUUGAAUGUUCAACCUUCCGAUACCCCAAACUGUAUACUCGUAUCAAGCAUCAAAAGCCUCAGUGAAAGUACCUUCGACAUCAAGGUCGACCCUUCCUUUCAACGGCCGAAGGGAUCCUCUUCGACCCAACCAUCAACCAUCUCGUCGAAAGGACCUCUCAUAAGGCGGACUUAUAUACCCAGGCUCGGCAUAUCCGAUCCCCAUUCACAACCUCAGAUCCAACUGGCAUCAACCGAUAUCUCAUCGAUUUUCAUCUCCGUCACCACCUAGUUCACGAGGAGAACUAUGAAUUACACCACAUCGAUAUCAACGACGAUCGCAAAUCCGAAGGGAUUGACGGCAGAGACGAUGGAGACGAUGGUGGAAGUGCUGGUGAAGAGAUUACAAGAGCCAGAGAUAGGAGAAGAGACUUCCAAGGUGGUUCUGCAUGAGUUGGUCAAGCGGGCGAGCUCUAGACCGAAUUCGUUCCAGACGUACACGAUCAUAGCGGCCUGUAUAAUGUUCUUUGGGAUCUUCUUCUUGUGGCACAUGCCGUUCUUGAGGGAUCUUAUCGCUGGGCUGAAGCUAUUCACCGUGGCCGUACACGAAAUGUGGCACAUGCUGGUAGGGCUCGUCGUGGGAGGGGAGAUCAUCUCGAUUUGUAUCGACCCGAACUUGGGCGGAGAGACCAAGAUCGACCGUCUGCUCCGCGCUACACCGAGACCGCCUACGAAUCCGCACGAGGCGAUGUUCCGGACGCCAGCUCAGGCCUUUUGGAGUUGGAAAGCGGCUGCGACGUUAGCAGCUGGGUAUGUUGGGAGCGCGAUUGUGGGGUUCUUAUUCAUCUUUGCAGCGUUUGACAUCGUCGCUAGUAAGAUCGCCUCGUUCGUGAUCGGAAUCGGAUUGCUCGUCCCAGCCGUCCGGGUCGAUUCCCUUGUUGCGUUCUUGAGUAUCGCGGCGAUGGAAGGGAUCAUGAUCGGGUUGUGGUUCGGCGAUCAUGGGAACGCGCUGCGGUAUUUCGUUUUGCUAAACGGCGUAAUGCACCUCUUCUACGUCGUCUGGGAUUAUACAGACGAACGCUUCUUUGACAAGAUGAAUUGCUCGGACUGUACACAAUUCCAAGAACUCCUCGGAUGGCCGGCGUCGAUGUGGUUCUUGUUCUGGACGACGUUUAGUUCGCUGGUGUUCGUCUCGGCUGUUUUCGCGGGGAUCAUGGUGUUCAAGAAGACGACCGAGGAGAUGUAUGGCGAUGCGGCCAACUUUUUGCCAACAUAGCAAGCAUCGAGAGGUAUCGCAGGGUAUAUUAUUCGCAUAGAUAGGCUCUUUACAUGCUACAAGUUGUCGACUCGCUGGCAAACCGGAAAAGAAAACUACCUUGUCCUUAUCAUCAUCAUCAUCAUAAUCAUGCAGACCAUUCCAUCAGACCCGAUUGGCAACCGCCUUCUUCCAGCUCUCUCCCAUCCCCUUCAAAGUGAUCUUCUUGGCGAGCGACAUUCCAAACGUGCCUUGUGUCGGCGACUCGUCCUCGAUGAAAAACGACCGACCUUUCCGGUGGGGGUCUUGUACGACGACGAUCUCGUUGGGCUCGGAAGUGGUGGAGACGUCGACGGGGAGAUCGUUGUCGAACAACGGGCGGGUGAUCGACUCCGAGCUGCUCCUACCGAUUUUAGGCGGGGCAGGGGCGGUACGAGGUCGAGUGAAGGGAGUAAAGGG